GGGUGUUGCUUGCUUAUGCUCCUUCGCCAUCUCGUGUCUCUACAAUUUCUCCCCUCCUAACAGCUAUGGCCACAGGUGUUCGUAGGAAGUCCAAGAUAAAACCACCGAAGAAGUAUGGUCCGGAUGUAUCGAUUGACGAGACCUGGUCGGAGCUGUCGACAAACAUCCGAGAGAUCCUCAAUCGCGACAAUGUUACCAACAUGUCUUUUGAGGUCAAUCACCGACACGCCUACAAUAUGGUGCUCUUCAAAGCUGGUGAUAGACUUUAUAACGGCACGAAACAAAUAGUCGCAGGGAGACUCCAAGAACUCGCACAAAGUGAUGUUAUACCUUCAUUUCCAGCCAGUGCCAGUGGCGACCCUACGACGCGGAAUCAAGAGAAUGAAGUCCUGUUGAAAGUUGUGAAGCGGAUUUGGGAUGAUCAUACGAGUAAUAUGUCGAAGCUUGGGCAGAUCUUGAAGUAUAUGGACCGGUAUUACACGAAAUCGGCUGAAGUUCCAGAGACAUGGGAAUUCGGUCUUGAUCUAUUCUUAAAGAACAUCAUUCGUUCUCCGAUAAAGGAACACCUCAUCACCGCCGUGCUCAAUCAACUGGAGUUUGAAAGAGAAGGCUACAUGAUCAACCGCUCCGCCGUAAAAGGAUGCGUUGAAAUAUUUCUCAGUCUCUUUCCUAGUGCUGGUGGACCCUCUGUUUACAAAGGGGAACUUGAACCUGCACUUCUCAAGGAGACCGAAAUGUUCUACCGUAACCUCGGGCAAACUCUACGGGACACCUGCGAUGCGCCCGAGUAUCUGCGGAGGGUCGAAUCGCGGUUCAUGUCCGAGGAAGAGCGGACACAACACUAUCUGUCACGCCACUCAGCAAGUUCUUUACAGCAAAUAUUGAAGGAGUACCUUGUAACUGCCCAUCUUGAAGCUACCAUUUCAAAGGAAUCAGGCCUUGACGCUAUGAUCGACACCAACAAGGUUGAAGAUCUAACACGGUUAUAUAAAUUGUAUACGUUGGUUCCGAAAGGCCUUGACUGUAUCAAGCAAGCUCUCAAGAAGUCCAUCGCACGAAGGGGGAAAGAUAUCAACGAAGCUUCUUCAGCUAUCGAGUCCGCUGACGAACCGUCAGAGGAGCCAAAAGAGAAGGGCAAAAUACGUGUGGUGACCGCAGGAGCACAGACACUAGCAUCUGCUUUGAAAUGGGUGCAGGACGUCCUUGACCUCAAGGAUAAAUUUGACGGAGUAUGGAAAGUGGCCUUUGAAACCGAUAGGGAAAUCGAAGUGACUUUGAAUGAGGCUUUCAGUAGUUUCAUAAAUUCUAACGACAAAUGUGCUGAGUACAUCUCUCUGUUCAUCGACGAUAACCUCAAAAGGGGACUGAAGGGGAAAUCCGACGCCGAUAUAGACCUCGCAUUAGACAAGACGAUCAUAAUCUUUCGAUACCUUGCUGAGCAAGAUGUGUUCGAGCGAUACUACAAAACCCAUCUUGCUAAACGUCUAAUUAAUGGCCGCUCUGUUUCCGAUGACGCUGAGCGUGGUAUGCUCGCGAAACUUAAGGUCGAAUGUGGUUAUCAGUACACACAAAAGCUGGAGGGUAUGUUCAACGAUAUGAAGAUCUCGGCCGACCAUAUGGAAGACUAUAAGAAGCAUAUUGCAUCCUCUAUUACUCUUCCGAUAGAGGUUUCCGUCAUAGUAAUGACCUCAACUUUCUGGCCCAUGUCUCAUUCCGCAGCGACAUGCACACUUCCCGAAGUUAUGCUGAAGGCAACGAAGUCGUUCGAACAGUUUUAUAUGAAGAAACACACCGGGCGACGUCUAACAUGGCAGUUAACGUUAGGAAGUGCGGACGUCCGUGUCAUGUUCAAGAACAGGAAGCAUGACCUGAAUGUUUCCACGUUUGCAUUGGUCAUUCUCCUGUUGUUCGAGGAUGUAGAAGAAGGCGGAUUCUUAACAUACGAGGAGAUCAAACAAGCGACGUCGAUCGAGGACUCUGAGCUUCAACGACACCUACAAUCCCUCGCAUGUGCCAAAUAUAAAGUUCUUAAGAAACAUCCACCUGGCCGAGACGUGUCAACGAGCGACUCUUUUUCAUUCAAUUCUGGAUUCACCUCGAAUCUUCAGAAGAUCAAGAUUGGCACGGUCUCAUCUAAAGUCGAAACUGGGGAGGAGCGAAAAGAGACCCGAGAUCGGAUCGACGAAGAGAGGCGCCAUCAGACAGAGGCAUGUAUAGUUCGGAUCAUGAAGGACAGAAAGCAUAUGACACACAAUGAUCUCGUUAAUGAGGUGACAAGGCUGCUCUCGACUCGUUUUAAGCCCAAUCCGAUGAAAAUCAAACAACGGAUAGAGGGUUUGAUCGAGCGAGAGUAUCUGGAACGUUGUGAGGACCGGAAGUCGUAUAACUAUCUGGCAUGAUUGCAUGUCCCUGUAUCUUAUGUUCAGGUUUGUAUUUUUACAUUGCAUACUGUAGUUAUGCAUACAUCUUGAUCUGCUGCUCUUGCGGGUGAUCACAACGAUCUAUCUCAGCUCGAC